GGCAAAUCCAAGAUCGGCGGGUCAGAUACAGCCCCCUCCCAUGCGGGGCUCACGGUCUGAGGGGAAGGAGAACAGGUAUUGAAUCAGGUAUCGAACGAGGUAUUUACAAUCAAUCGAUCGGAUUUACGGAGCGCUGGACUGAUGAGGAAACUGAGGCCCAGACAAGCGAAGUGACUUGCCCAAGUUCACGCAGCCAGCAACCGACGGAGCCGGGGAUGAGAACCCAGGCCGUCUGACUCCCGGGCCCGGGAUCUUCCCACCAGACGACCCUGGCUGUCCAGGAGACGCCGCUCCCAGCCGUUCGGGCGGGGUCCGGCUGGCAAGGGGGGCCGGGGGAGCCGCCGGAAGCCGGCGGCCAUGGCCUCGGACCUGCUGGAGUCUCUGGACGAGGAAGUGACCUGCCCCGUCUGCCUCGGCUACCUGAACGACCCCGUCACCGUCGACUGUGGACACGUCUUCUGCCGGGCGUGCGCCACUGGGGUCUGCGAGCGCAGGGGCCCCCGCUCGGGUCCGGGCCCCGUCUGCCCGCUCUGCCAGGUGAGGAUCCGGCGGGAGAACUUCAGGCCCGCGUGGCAGGUGGCCAGCCUGGUCAGGAACAUUCAGAGAGGGAGGCAGAGGCUGGCCUCCGUUGCCUCCGCCACCGCGGGGGAGGGGCCCGGCCCACUGCAUUUCCGCUGCGAGGACGACGGGCAGCUGCUGUGCGUGGUCUGCAGGGAGUCCCGGGAGCACCGGUCCCACGAGGUGACCGUCAUCGAGGAGGCCGCCCAAACCUACCGGAAGGGUAUCUUGCACCAGGUGCAGUUGAUAAAGAAGGAGAGAGAAGAGAUCGUGAGCUCUCGUUCUGCAAGAGAAAAGAAGAUUCGGGCCAUGCUGGACCUGACGGAAGCGGAGAGGCGGAAGGUGGUAUCCGAGUUUGAGCAGAUGCGUCGGUUCCUGGAGGAGAGGGAACGCCUUCUGUUGGCGAGGCUGGACGGGCUGGAUGGGGAGAUCCGGAACAGGUGGGCGGAAUUCGUGGCCACGGUCUCCGUGGAGAUAGCCCAGCUCGAGGCCCUGGUCGACCAGCUGGAGAAGAAGGGCCUCCAGGAGGAGACGGAGCGGAGACUGCAGGACGUCAAGGAAAACGUGAGCAGGUUCCAGAGGGAACGGCCCCGGGACCUGGAUUCCGUUUCCCUGGCUGCCGGGCAAAAGAUAAGUGACUUCUCCCGGAAAACUCUCUCCCUGCAGAAGAUCCUGAGGGAAUUCCAAGGAAAGCUGCUCCAGGAACUGGAGUCGGACCCAGAGAGCAUCACGCUGGACGCGGACACGGCCAACGGGCGGCUGGAGGUGUCCGCGGACGGGAAGCGCGUGACCCGCGUGGAGCGGGCCCGGCCCGUCUCGGACCUGGCCAAGCGCUUUGACUACAGGCCCUGCGUGCUGGCCCGUGAGGGGUUCUCGGCCGGGCGGCACCGCUGGGAGGUGACCCUGGAGCUGGCGGCCCGGGGCUCGGGGGCCGUGGGGGUGGCCCGGGAAGCCGUGGAGAGGAAGGGGGAGUUCACCAUUGCCCCCCAGCAGGGCAUCUGGGCCCUGGACUUCUCCUCCCCGUCCGUCAGCCCGCACCCUCCUCCCUCGUCUUCCUCCUCCUCGUCCUCCUCGUCCUCCUUCUCGUCGUCCUCGGCCAGCCUGGCUCAGUGCGUCUCCCACCAGAGGGUGGGCGUAUCCCUGGACUACGAGAGGGGCUGGAUCACCUUCUCCAACCCCGACACCCGCUCCCCGAUCUGUACCUUCUCAGCCUCCUUCUCGGGGAAGAUCUUCCCCUUUUUCGGGCUGUGGGGAAGCGGCAGUCGGCUCACCGUGAGCUGA